UCAUGUCUGAUAAAUAGGUCAGUCUGUCAACGAAAGUUCAACGCGGUGUGGUAACAAAUGGAUACACAUAUUAUGUGAUUUUUAGACACAAUUUCAACAUUUUCCAAUCGAAACAAAAUGAGAAAUUAAAAGACUUGUGAUGGAAUCUUUGUCUGAUUUGGAAUGGUUUAUGCAAAGAAAAUUGACGUAAACAACAGACUGUUUGUCAAGAGAGGCCCCUUUGACAUUUUCCCAAGUUCAAGGUCGUUCAAAGAGGAUCACGAAGGGUGAGACUAGCUUACCUGUCAACAUCUUGACGUGUUGUCUAGCUGGUCAUGUCUGUUAUAAUGGGCAAGGAAGCCAGCCUUGAUGGUUUAGAAUUUGAUGGUGAUACUGUGUUGUGCAGGGUAUGCGGUGACAAAGCCAGCGGUUUCCAUUAUGGCGUCCAUGCUUGCGAGGGAUGUAAGGGAUUUUUCCGAAGGAGUAUACAACAGAAAAUUCAGUAUAGACCAUGCCUGAAAAAUCAGCAGUGUAACAUAAUGCGAGUGAACAGGAACCGGUGUCAGUACUGCAGGCUGAAGAAAUGUAUCGCCGUGGGCAUGUCCAGAGAUGCGGUACGUUUUGGUCGAGUUCCGAAGAAAGAGAAAGCAAGAAUCAUCGAGCAGAUGCAGAAGAGUAACCUCCAGAUGGCUGCCACAGCGCUGUCGUCUGCUCUAAGCACCCAAGAUAUGGUUCAGUCUGUAAUUUUAGCGCAUCAUCAGACGAGCGAGCUUGGUCCGGAAAAGGCAAAAGUGAUGAGGGAAAUAGCUCUGUUACAGAAUGACUAUGUAGAUUGUCCAGCUCAUAUGGCAUGCCCCCUGAACUCAAAUGCUGGCAGUGACAACACGGAUAAUCAGGAUUGGACAGACUUCUCCGAGUUCUUUGCUCCUGCCAUAAAGUCUGUUGUAGACUUUGCUAAGCUCAUUCCAGGCUUUCUACUGUUUAAUCAAGAUGAUCAAGUCACUUUAUUGAAGGCAGCAACAUUUGAAGUACUGUUGAUUCGGAUGGCAUGCUUGUUUGACACAGAAUCUAACACUAUGAUGUUUGCAAAUGGAAAACUGUUUAGACGUCAAACCGCUGGGUUGUCCACAAGUGUUGGUUUUCUGCUGGACUCGAUGUUUGAUUUUGCUGAACGAUUUAACAAGUUGAACCUGAAUGACGACGAACUUGCCUUAUUUUGUGCUGUUGUACUUCUGUCUCCAGAUCGUCCAGGUUUGCGACAAGUUGACCAGGUAGAGAAAGUACAGAGUAAACUCACAGAAAGUCUACAAAACAUAAUCAAUGCCAACCACAAGGAGGAUAAUACUCUCUUUGCUAAGCUACUCAUGAAAACAACAGAUUUACGUACCUUGAAUGCUCUUCAUUCUGAAAAAACAGUUGGUCCUUCAGAGAGAAGUGACGACAGUUCGGUGGAAAUGCAGGAUUCUCAGUCUGAUAUUAGAUCUGAAGAUUUAACCCCGUCCGACUCAUUGUCAUCCAUAAACACAAUUACAUCCUCGUCAACUAUGGACACUGCCAGUUCAAUGUACGAUAGUAAUGGCUCAUUAAUUCAUCAACAAAACAGAUUCUCAGGAGAGAGUCCUCAUCAGCAACAAAUUGUGCUCAAAACUCCCUAUGGGACAUUUUAUCGUGAAGAUACAGGGUAUUAUGGGAUGGUUCCUGAUCAGCCAAGACGCAGAUGUCAUACACUUGAUAGAGAUUCACAAAUUUCUCGGCCAAGAUUACACACGAUUGAAGAAGGCUCGCGAAGACGUUACACAAUGGAUAGAGAGUAUAUAUCUAAAGUGGUUGGGAAGUUAAGUGACAGGCUUGAAAAAAGAACACAUGUUAAUAGCAUGCCUGGGUCUGUAAAUAGCUCAGCAUGCUCUUCACCAGUUCCUAUACUUGAAGAACAGUACACAUUCAUGAACAGAAAUCGUGAUUUCAUUCCAAUUUCCACGCCAGAUUCUAGUGCAUGUAGUUCGCGGACAAGUCCGUCAUUUCAUAAAGACACUCUCCAGCCAUUUGCAUCUUCACCAAACUCACCUCGACCGCGUUCGGGUUCCAUUGGCACAGAUGACUUUGGCCCAAUGCAGCGACCGCGUUGUGCAAGUUUCCAUGUCAACUCCGAAGGUCAUGCUGCUCAAGGUCGUUCAUACACAGAUGGAGAUUAUUUGACAGCAGACGGUCAGCAGUACAAAAUGUCUGCUGAAAUGAGGCGUGGAAGUGUCGGGGCAUCGUAUAACCUUCAUGCGAAAAAGAAGUCCUUGUUGGUUGAUAGGCAUCCGGCAUACCUGUCGCAGAAUCUGAUGCCAGAUGCUAUGUUUAGAAAAUCAGAGAAACAGAGGUCACCACUGGCCCUGGAUGAUUCUAAUAAGCGAAGUCACAUUGGAAGUGGAAAAAGUGCUUUUGAGCAGGUGCCCCAUCUUAAUAUGCCAACCUCUUUAACAUGGGGUUCAAAUCUUCUUGGCAGGCAAGACAAGCCGGAAGCGCCGAAGGUAUCUGUCACAGUCGAGGACUUUUCUACACAGCAUGGAGGAGAUAAAUUUAAUUUAGAGUCAAAUAGAGCGAUCUCACCAAACAACUCUUCAAGAAACUCUCCAGAAAUGGAGAUUAAAACAGAGGAAGUCUAUCACAAAAAAUUUGACAAAAUGAGGAAGCAUCCUAUUGCACAGAGCGAGGAGACAAGACAGAUGGAAAAUUUAUCUCUUCAUGAUGUAGAACAAAUGGAGAGUGAGGACAUUGGUGUUGGUGAUAACUCAUCUAACACAUUGACAGAAAAUGAAUUAAAUAGUGAAAAAUGUAAGAAAUCUGCUCGUGAUGCCCAUCCACAAUUGCUUGCCCAAUUGAAGUCUGGUCCCCAAUACAGCCCGAACAUUCAUCCUGCAUUUCAGAUUGCGGCUGGUCCGCAGCAUGCGGCGGGUACGCAGAGCUUUAAUCUUCAUCAUAUCCAACAGCAGCCACAAAAUGCCAGCAAUCCAAACAGUGUAGUGGAUGCAAUGAAAAAUCACAAUAGUAUAUCACCAAACAACAUAGUUCUGUCUGUGCCUAAGGCCCCAUUUGUGAAUCACAGUCCGCAGAGUUCAUCCACAACAUUAAAUAUGACGCAGUCCAUGCGUAAAGACCAUCCAUGCUUGCAAAACAUCCUCAAUAGACAUGAUACACAACAGUCAAGGGGCGAGCAGUUUCACAUAGUUGAUAGUAGUGCUUUUCUGUCCAAUAACAAACAGGUCAGGACGAGUAGUGCGGAGAACGGUCACAAGCAAGGCCUGUCUCAGCAGGAGAUCCAGCACUUCAGAAAUGGUCAGCAGCAGCUGCAACAGCAGCAACAGCAGCAGCAGCAACAGCAGCAGCAACAGCAGCAGCAGCAGCAAAUGUACCCGGGUUUUACUACUCACACAGGUUUUGAUCCACAGUCAGUCAUGAUGCAGAACCCUUACAUGAUAUACCAGCAGAUAAUGAUGCAGCAACAUGGUACAAGAGCUCCACAGUAUAAUGAGCACUUGGCGGGCAUGCAGCAGAUGGUAUAUGGAGGUAAUACACAGCAGUUAAGAAGGUGUAGUGGAGGUGAUAUUCCCUUAAAUUUGGCUCAGCCCAACGGAUUGUCACAGUCCAGUUCUCAGUCCAGUGGAUCUGUUGAUGCGUCAAGCAAUGACUUAAUACAAAACAUUAAAGAGGAAGUAAUUUCUUAACAUGUUAUUAUCUCCCUUUUUGACUCUUCAAGUGAAGGAAGAUUUCUCUGCUCAGACACAUGAAAUAGAACAAGGCAUGCUUUCUUAUUUCCAGUGGUAGAGAAUGUAGAGUUGCUGCUGUAAAAAUGUUGAAAAACAUCUGUAAGAUAAACUUUCUAGUGACAAAGUAAUUUAAAGAAUAACAAAAGAAUUGUUGAUUUAGGGAAAAUCAUUUCUUCUUUGUUCUAUACCCCUAUUGAAAUCGACUAAAAAGUGUAUUAGUCAUAUAGGUUGAUAAGAUACCUUUUAUGUAAAGUCAUGUGCCAUAUUAAAAAUCACCAGUUAACAUUCCCAUACUCUUGCCAGUAUUUCAGACUUUUAUUAAAACAUCUAUAAAACUGAGAGUUGAAGUACUGUAGCAUAUAUUUUGCAAAAUUUUGUUUUUUUAGUACCUAAUACAUUAUGCUACACAGUGUUGCAAUGAUAAAAUUUAUAAGCCUGUGCAUUGAAAAGGGUUGAACCUGCGAAUUUCUUUUUUCUUCAGUUUUUCGUUCUUUCUAUAUGACAUCAGUGAAAUUUCGGAAAAUAUCAAAAUUUGUAAAAAUUGUUUUGUGAUAUUUAAUUUGGCACAAGACUGAAUACAGUAACUGCUUAUGCUUGAAACCCUAUAUGAACAUAUACUUUUAAAGAACUGAAUCAUGUCAUAAUGGUGGAAACAUACUGUUUGAUUCAAGUUGCUAUGGAAAUUCUUUGAUAGGCAAUCUUUUGAUCAUACUGUAAAAUCAUUUAAUUUCGUGGGCAUGAAAUUUAGUGGUUUUGGUCAGAAUGGCAAUUCCGUGGGGAUAUGAAUUUGUGGAUUUCAACUUUUGAACAUAAAAUGAAUGGGAAUUUUACUUGUUCAUUGGAAUUAAAUUUCAUGGAUUGACUCAACCACAAAAAUCCAGGAAAAUUAGUCCCCCACGAAUAUUAAUAAUAUCACAGUUUUAGAAAAUAAGUGGUUAAAUCUAUGAAAAGUUUCUAGUAUUGCUUUGCUGUGACAAGCACUUAUAUCAGUGUGAAAAGGAAGUUUUCUCCAAAAGUUAUGUGGAUUAAACUUUGUUGAUUUCUCUAAUUGAUACCAAUUAUAGGAAUAUAUUCCAGUCAGAUUUACAUGUUUAUAGUAUUAUAUUUAAACAAAAAUUUCUAAAGAGUUGAUGUAGGUCAACACUGUUAUUUGAAUUUUUGGAGUCUUCAGGAAUUGUUGGUAAUGAUUUGAAUACAGUUAAAUACAUGCCAGCAUUUCAGAGGGUCUGAAUAGUUGAAUUAAAAGAGUGUUGAUAGACAAUUAGCUUAAGAUUGAUGUAUAACUGAUGUGGAUUUAAUCUUAAUGUUAGUGGAUUCUUAAUGAGCACAUAUCCACACUUGUUGGGUUGGGGAGACAUUGGAAUCAACAUUAAUAUUUGGAUAUAUCCUUUGUAGAAACAAAGUCCUUCUAAAUUGAUACACCAGCAAUUGUAUGAACACAUUUCUGACUAACUUAAUAAACUGUGGGGUUUUUUUUGUAAAUUUUAUUGUAAUAUUUGAUUUUUUUUUUUUUAAAGCUUGAAAAUAUUUUGGCUUGAAUACAGCAUUAAAAAUCCUGAACUCAUUUUUUUUAUUAAUAUAAUUGUUAGUGAGUUUUAUUGUAUUUUGUUCUGUUUUGUAAGGAUGUUAUCCUACUCUUACAUUCUGUGAAUGUGUAUAAAGGUUUUUCACAGUGAAAAGUUAAAUAUAAGGUUGUUCUGCACAUUUGAAUCACAGGAAGUGUUGAUGUAGCAAUAUAUAUCCCUAAAUCAUAGAAUUAAGCCCAAUCUGGCAUAUGGAAACAGAAAUCAAACCACGAAAAAAACUAUCACAAAUUGUAUUAAUUGAUAGAACUGGCAAUGCUUCUGUCUUUCUUACAAUUCUUUGUAGAAAAAGUAUUGAACUGAACCUUAGCAUACUGUUUAAAAUGUCAGUUUCAAUGCAGAGUCAAAGCCACUUAAGAUAUUCACCAUUCUAGCCACUUAUUCCUGGUGGGGUUCAAUGCAAAGUAAAAGCCACUUAAGAUAUUCACCAUUCUAGCCACUUUUUCAUGGUGGGAUUAAUAUUUUGGAAUGUCAUUAUUCACACAGACUUUGGGUAUAAUGUAGCCUAUAGUAUUGACAGUAGAUGUAAAACUUGCAUCAAAUGCAAAAACUCAUGUAGAUUGUGCUUGUGUGUCAGACUCCUACUCAUUUCAAAAUAUAGUUUUAGAUACUUAAAUGGAUUCAUUACAAUUGUAAAUGCCUCCGGUUUUAACUAAAGGACAUGUUUACAAUAUGUUUUUUUAACUUUGUGAGGAAUUUGCCCCAAAAUGUGGAGUUGUGUUAAAAUUGCCACAAGGGGUGUUUGAAAAGUUAUGUAACUAGGGUUUUAUUUUGAAAACGACUGUGUAUUGACAUUUUCCUAAACAGUUCCAGUUUGUGUCACUUUUCAUCUCAUUAGCAACUAGUCAGUUCUUCAGCUAGAAAAUGGGGCAUUUUGGACCCCACUUUUUAGGUGUAUAUAAAUUUAUUAAAAAAAAAAAAAGAAGACAAAAAUGUUUUGUUUGAAGUUUAAUGUUUGGCAGUGUUUUGUAACUUUGUAACCAUAUUUCCUUUUCAAAUCAUAUAAUUAAUACGUUGUUUUUUUUUUCAGUCCAAAGUUUUUCUUUUUUCUCAUACUAUAGCUCCAGUUUGGGUUUUCAUAUCUCUCUAUGCUACUAUGUACCUACAUUUAGAGUCAUUGUCAACUGUUAGUGGGCUGUUCAGACAACUCUAAAAAAAUAAAACUUUGUAAGAUUAACGCAGACACAAUUACAUCUUUCCACAUUUGGUUGUUGAAUAAUGGAACUCAGCUGCAUUUUUGUAGCCAUCUAAACAAAGCAUCUGCUCGAGGUCAACAUGCAGAUCAGACUACAUUGUAUCGCAAGUGGAUAUGACUACUCUAAUCUGAUUGAAAUCAUCUCCUAUUAACACUAUGCAUAUGAAGAUCAUGUUCUUUAGUCAGAUUGGAUAGUACCUUAACCAGUUUUAAGCAACAAAGUUUUUUUUUUUUUUUUUUUUUUUAUUCCUGUGGAAUUUGGACUGAAUAUAAACUAAAACUUAAAGUUUACAACUGUAUUCCAAAAGUUUUUUCGAACAGGUAUAAAGAUUGGUUGCAUUUCUUUUCAAACAUUACUUGUGUUAAUUUUCAUAAGUAAGUUAACAAUUGUUUGUUGCCAGAAAUCUGUUUAAGCAUGGGAUGGUAGGUCACUGACCAAUCUGUUAAUACAUGUAUAAAACUUUGAAGGAUAUUUAGUGUAAUUGUCUAGCACAGAUAAGUUUUGCUGUGGUCAACAAGUCGAGGAAACUGAUAAAAUGAAAAUUGUAUGUACCUGGUAUAUCAGUGACAUUUGGUUAUAAUUAUCUGAUAUUUAAAGCCAUUUUUGAAUGAAAAUGAUUAUUCUGAUAUUUGACUUUUAAAUGUCUUAGUUUCAAGCUGUGCAUCUAUCUAGCAUUUAAAACAUACGUUUGCCUUGGUCCGUAUGUCUAUCCAAACUUGUAUCUUGAUAUCUAAAAUGUGUUUGAGCUAGAGUCGUCAAACACUUUAGAAUUCUUAUUGAACAUGUUGAAUUUUGGAUCUAGAGAAUUGUUUUAGACUUCUCUCAGUAAGAGCAGAGUUAUUGCCCUUGAGUCAGUUUGUAUGCUUAAAGAACCUAAAGGUUUGAUUCAUAUAUAUGUCAAAAAGUAUUUGGCCUAGGAACAUCAAACAUUAUAGGACUGUUAUUCAGCAUGUUAAGUUGUGAACCUAAGUUUAUUUUUUUUGAAUUUCGCUCAGUCAGGCACGAGUUAUGGUCCUUGACAUUGUCAAAGACUAAAAGUUUGUGGUGCGUACAUUUCAAGAAGUAUUAGAACUAGAGAGCAUGCAGAGUUGUGGACCUGAAGUUUAUUCCCGAUGUUUUAUAUUGUCAGCAAAUAAAUUAUGACUAUGUAAUGAUUGUAAGUGGGUCACAAGUGUCCUACACAUAUCCAGUUUUGACAGUUGUAAACCUUAGAGCAUUUGGCGAAGGGCUAUCUACAACUCUGAAUAUAUAUACAGUGCAAUAAACAAAUUAUUAGACUAGGUUGUAGUUUCUAGACUUAAUCUUUAAAUGGAAUCACUUGCUCCUCAUCGUUGUGGGUUCAAAACUUCACAUGGGGAGUAGAAUUCUCUAUGUGCGGAUCCAUCUAGUUAGCUUACAGAAGGUUGAUGGUUCUACCCAAGUGCCCGCCUGUGAUGAAAUAAUGCACGGAGGGGAAACCUGGGCGUUUCUGCCACUGUCAAAAGCUGGAAAAGUCACCAUUUGUCCUAAAUUGUGUCAGUGUGACUCUAAACCAGACAAAAACAGAAAAGUGAGUGUUGAAAUGGGCAUGCCUCCUGAUAUACGUCAUUAUAAUCACAGAAUCAAUGUAAUCAAGUCAUAAAACAAUACAUGAGCUGCACCAUGAGAAAACCAACAUAGACUUCGCGGAUGCGCAGGCUGGUCUGGAUCCAUGCUGGUUGCAAAUGCACUAUCUUGGUUUUCUCAUGGCGCGGCUUAUAUCAUGAUAGAUAAAUGAUAGUAUGUUUAUAAGAAUACUAAGCUUUCAGAAUGGUUUUGAUUUAUUUUAUAUUUACAAUUUCUAACAAACAGAAGUGCUGUCUAAAUUUAGAAAGAAAAAAUGGACAUACCUUUAAAACUGGGAACUUGCCAAUUUAAGAUUUGUGUUGAGAAUGUAUAAAUGUGGUAUCAUAAAGUAGUGUUUUGAUUUGUGCUUGCUUAUUUAUUUAUUAUGCCAGUUUUCAAAGAAAUUAUGCCGCUCUUCAAAGAAGAGGGGUAUAUUGUUUUGCUAAUGUCCAUCAGUCAGUCCAUCUUCAUUGGAGAAGGCUUGGAUCUAGAGUGGUCAAACUUCAAAGGAGGAGUGUGUGUGGUGAAUAGAUGACCCCUAUUAUUUUAGGGUCGUCUGGUCAAAGGUCAAAGAUACAUUGAUUUUCAGAACUGGAGAAGUCUUGGGCAGUUAUUAAAAUUCAUAUGAAGAUUGCCUGUGGUCAGUAUAUGGCCCCGUAUUGUUCCUGGGGUCAGUAUGUCAAAGGUCAAGGUCAGAGUGACUUUUAGAAUGUUAUUACUUUCCACUUAAUAACUGGAGAAGGCUUGGCCUAUAGUAACCAAACUCCGCUCAGUAACAAGAGAUGGCUUGUGCAAGCAGAGGUCAAACUGCUUAUGCUCAAGAAGAUGGCCCCUAUUGUUUUGGUGUUCAGUAGUCAAAGGUUAGGGUCAUAGUUUGCUUAAAUAUUUUUGCUAAACAAGUGGCAAAUGAUUGGGCCUGCAGUGAUCAGACAUUAUAGGGUGAUUUCCCGUGGUCAGUAGACGACUUUUGUAAUUUGUAGAUCUAAGGUUAAGGUCAAUCUGAUCUCUUGAAUCUGAUCAGUAACUGAAGAAGGCUAGUGCUUACAGUUGCCAGACUUCAUAGGAGGAUCAAGUGUGGUAAUUAGAUGGCACCUAUUAUUUUUUAUUUCAGAUCAAAGGUCAAGUGGCAUUGCUUUGAAAGUGUUUAUGUGUCCUGCAUUGUGAGCAAUGUGAUUUUAUAACUUCAUUUCUUUCAUAAUAAUAAAUUCACGUUGGUUUAAAAUGCAGGACAGGUGACUUAAAAUCACCUUUUAGUUGUUUUUUUUAUGUUUUAAGUAUAUUUGAGUCUUCAUGCAAAAAUGUACCAUUUUCCAGAAAGAUGUUUUAUUUAGUAACAAGAUAUAAAAAUAAUGGGUGGAGGUACUUUUCUCAUAGCAUUUUGAAUUUUUUACUGCUCUGACAACUUUUUUUUUACCAAAUAAACAUUGAGUGCACUUGAAAUGGUAUAUCUAGUGUAACAGAAAAAAUAUUUUUUUAAGAAUUACCAAACUUCUGAAAAAAAAAAUAGAUCCCUUUUUUGCAUUUUGACAAAAUGAAAUAUGCUGCUUAUAUGGCAAGAAGUAAAACGGAAUAAGGCAUUUGUAUAGGGUAAACAAUGUUAGAGAUGUUUUAUGUGUAAAUAAAGAUGUGGAGAUUUUAAGAUGUAUAUACAAGUAUUUAUUCCAUAAUAUACAUAAUGAGCAUCUGCUAAAAUUGUCCAAUAAAAUAAGUGAGUAACUUGCUACAUGCAAAUGUGAAUAUAUUGUGGUAAACUGCAAACUUAAGUUUUACAAGUGCUUUACAAAUGUGUAUGUUUAAAUUUAGUUAAAAUUGCAAUUUUUCUCAAUUUUGACUUAGAUGCUUGUUUAAAUAUAGAUAUAUUAAAAAUGAAUACAUAUUCAAUUAAAAAGUUUCGGUCUCUUUGUUCUGUCUGUUUUAAAGAAAAGAAAAGAAAAAUGUUUUAACUGUUUAUGUUUCAUGAUGAUUGACCAAAUGUUUUACAUAGCAUUUGACAUUUAUUAGUUUUGUAUAGAAUUAGUUUUAAUUUAAAAUUUCCAGUUAAACAUUUAUCAUAUUUUUUAAUGUAAUAUUAUUCAGUUGAUGUUGUUUAUAGUUUCAUAUAUAUAUAUAUUUGUUAAUAGUUUGCUUUAUUAUAUAUCUACAUUACAUCAGUUUGGAGAAAUAUUAUGAGAGUUUUUGUUUAUUUAUGACUGUAAUUGAGCUGCGCCAUGAGAAAACCAACAUAGUGGCUUUGCGACCAGCAUGGAUCCAGACCAGCCUGCGCAUCCGCGCAGUCUGGUCAGGAUCCAUGCUGUUCGCUUUCAAAGCCUAUUGGAAAUAGAGAAACUGUUAGCAAAACCACUAUGUUGGUUUUCUUGUGGCGCGGCUCAAUUAUUGAGUCGAUAAUAUUUCAAGCUUAUUAAUAAUUAGCUUACAUAUUUUGGAAUAAGAUUUUUUGCAUGAUUUUGGUUUAUUUGAAAGGGACUUUAAUUUGGAAGUUUAUUAUAUGAGUGGGUAUAGAACAAGAUUUUUUUGUUGUGUAAAAUUUCAGAAGACUGUUAAACACCCAUAAACAUCGUUUUGUGAUAACUGUUUUCUGCAAUAUCCAUUUAACAAAAUUGAAUAGUUCAACAAUUAUUUUUAGCUGACUAUUUGAAGAAUAGCCCCAGCUUUUCUACUCAUACUGAUGUCGGCAUAGGCGUCACACCUUGGUUAAAGUUUUGCAUGCAAGUACGUAUAGCUAUAAUUUAAAGGCAUAUAGCUUUGAAACUUAUAUUUUCUUUUUCUUGGUCAGUUACCAACCUAUUUGGGUCAAGUCCCAUAACUCUGACAUGUAUUUUGGCCAAAUUAUGCCCCAUUUUGGACUUAGAAAAUCCUUGUUAAAGUUUUGCAUACAAAACUAAUACAGAUAUCGAAUUAAAGUUUUGCUUGCAGGUACAUAUAGCUAUUAUUUAAAGGCAUAUAGCUUUGAAACUUCUUUUUUCUUUUUCUAGAUCAAUAACCAAACUCACAGUAUCAAGUCCCAUAACUCUGAUGUAUAUUUUGGACAAAUUAUGCCCCCUUUUGGAAAAUCAAGGUUGAAGUUUUGCAUGCUAGUUACUAUCUCCAACACUAUAGCAAAUACUGUAUUGAAACUCUGUAGAUAUUUUAACAUUGAGGGUAAUAUCCCUGUUUCAAGGACAACAAUUUGAAUAGUCGAGCAUUGGCUGUCUUACGGACAGCUCAUGUUCUUCUUUGGGGGAAGAAAGAGAAAAAUUGCUUAUGAAUAACUUUUUUUGUGCAUAUUAUGCUUGUGUAAAAUUUAAUUUAGAUCCUCAGACCUAUGUAGGCAUAGAUACGCAUGUUAGAACAGAAUAUGUUGAUAGGAUAGUGUGUUUUUACAUGAAAUCUUCCAUUCUCUCAUUAACAGAUGUAUUAGUGCUAAUUAAAGAGCCAUUUCAGAUCUCUGAAUCUGAGAAAAUGUUUUUGUAAGUAAAUAGUACAUUACAAAUCAAAGCAAUAUUGUAUUGAGAAGUUUAGAUUUAUAAAAAGUACUUGGCAUGUUUAAAAAGUCAUAGCAUCAUUUCUGUUCAGUUAUAUAUACACUGUAUUUCCUACAGUUUGAUUUGAUAUGCUUCUAUAAUAGUGUUGCAAAGAAAGUUACUAGCUUUAUUAACAUGUAUAUCAGUCCAUUCCUCAUUCCAUCCCAUUGUGUCUUCUACUUAAUUAUCUUCUUAACCACUGAGAAGAUUUUCAUUAAACUGGCAUCAGUUGUUAACCUAAUCAAGUUGAUGUGCAGAGCACACAGGCCUGGUUCUUAGAUCAAAGGUCAAAAGUCAGAUAGCUAAAUUCAUGUCUAAACUACUAGGAAUUAUUUUUAUGCAGAGUGCAUAAAUCUUGUCAAGACAAGUUCAAGGUCAAACUUAGAGAUCAAAGGUCAGGUAGUUAAAAUUUAUGUCGCCUCUGUAUCUUCUAAACCACUCAGAUGAGUUUUAUAAAAUAAGCAUCUGUUGUUAAUCUUGUCUAGAUGACAUGCACAUCCCAGGUCACUAGGUCAAAGGUUAACGUCAUGCUAAGACUCAAGGAUUGAUUUGCGUCUGCUACAUAUCUCCAUAACAACCGGAUUUUCAUAAAACUAGCAGCAAUUGUUAACUGCAUCAAGAUGGCAAUUGGAGUACACAACACAGGUCACUUUGACAAAGUCAAGGUCACCUUUUGAAGGUCAAAGGUUGUUAAAUCGCUACAUUUUACUUUCCAUGUAUCAAAGUGUCAUCUGGAGAUAGUUACCACUUUUAAAGAUGGCUCUAGUUUAUUUCUUGUAUUAUUUAUUUUAUAUGAUGUGCAAAAAAGAAUCUAUCACAUAAAGUAAUUAGUUGCUGAAACAGUCACUCGAGUCAGAUAUUCCCAUUUGCACCUACAACCAGUGAAAGGCUUGUACAGUAUGGGGUUUGAGAUGCAAUAUGUUAAUUCUAAUUUUCAGUUUGUGUUAAAACUUCAGAGGACAGAUUGAAUAAUUUUGGAUUUGAGAAAUUAUGUUUUAGUUAAAUUUUGCUUUUAUUUUCUGAACUGCAACUUUGGCACACCACCUGCUAGGCUUCAGAAGCAGUACAUGUGUGAACAUUUAUUGUAUGUAGUUUAAAUCAAUAUAAACCAAGUACCAUUAUUCUACACUGCACUCAGUGAAUAUUUCUGAUGGGCUAGUCCAUUUUGCUUUGUAAUUCUUUUGUAAUUGUUCUUUAAAAAAGAAUAAACCAUUAAAUUAAAUAAUUAAACACAAACUAACUUUGGUUAGUUAGAAGUUAUGGAAGCAGUUUUAGGUGACAGAUGCAUGCAUUUUCAUGUUCAUACCUUGUUUAGAGCUACAAAAUUAAUGUGCUUAUUUGCAUCACAUUAGAAUGACCAGAUGGUCAAACAGUCUCUAGCUCGACCUUUUAGAAGAAAAAGUAGACCCCGCCAUUUGUUAAAGUUUAUAAUAAAGUCAAAUAUCUCUGUUACUAUCAAAGCUAUUUACUCUCAAAGUCUACACCAAAAGAAACAAUCUCCAUAACUCUUGAUUUGAAUUUUGACAGAGUUCUGCCCCUUUUUAACGUAAAAAGUUUUGGUAAAAGUUUUUGAUAAAGUCAAAUAUCUCUGUACUACUUAGUAUCAAAGCUUUUGACUUAAAACUUUAAAUAGUUAUUUACUAUCGAAGUAUAUACCAGGAGAAAUAAUCCCCAUAACUCUGAUUUGAACUUUGCCCCUUUUUAACUUAGAAUGUUUUGGUUAAAGUUUUAUAAAGUUUUUACAACAAAACUCUAAUUCAGAGUCAAGCACUGAGAAAAGUCGAGCUUGCUGUCAUAUGGACAGCUCUGGAUAUUUUUGUUUUUACAUUCAUUGAAAUCAAAUAGAUUGCUUAAGUAAAAGCAUCUUUUUUUUUCAAAUGUAAAUAAUUACAUUAAAAUGACCAGAUGUUUUUUACAUAGUUCAGUGCAUGUUAAUUCAUUAAAAAUUACUUAUUGUCUCGCAAUAUUAAACUGGGUAUAAGCUUUCAUAAGUUUUGUUUAUUCCUCUGCUACAAGUGCAUUAUGGGAGUGUGAUACUAGUGCAUUAUGGGAGUGUGGUGAGGUUAAGAAUGGGGCAUGUUGUAUAUACUAAGAUGCGGAUACAUCUGAAUGCUUGUUGGGUAUAUGAAGUUGUUAAAGACUUAUUUAAAUAUUGUUAUGCUGUUUCGUCUAAGGAAUUAAUUAUGUGGUAAAUAAAGUUAAAGCAAA